CCGACCCCUCAGCCCCCCUGCAGAAUGACAGAGAAGGGGACCUGGGGUUGGGGAAUUCUUGAUCCAAUCAUGCCGCUCCCCAGGAGACGUUCGGAACCCAGGACAUGUCGGGAUUGAGGAGAUACGAGGUGGCGCUGGAGGCGGAGGAGGAGAUCUACUGGGGCUGCUUCUACUUUUUCCCCUGGCUGCGCAUGUGGCGAAGGGAGCGGAGCUCGGCGCACCCUCGGGAGCAGAAGCUGGAGCCUCUCCGGGGCCUGAUGAGCUGUCUGUCAAGUGGCCUGGGCACUGCUCCCCAGCGCUCCGGCCGCAGCCUCCCCCGCCGCACCCCCGCCGCCACUACUCAGCCAGCCGGUGCAUUAAAGAUUUAAACCAGAGCCACCGUGCUGCCCUCCUGACUCUGACGCCGCUGCCGCCAUUCGGGCUGGGAGCCCCUCUCCACGCCGGCUGUUUUCCUUACUGACAGGGCCUUUCUCCCUCAUAGAGUGCCCCUCCGUGUACAGGCUCCCAUUAUUCCUAACGGUCCCUCAUCAGAAUCAACCUCCUCUUACUAACAAUGACUGCCUUCCACCACCUAAUCCCUCACCCCGCCACACACACACUCAUCACCCUGAGUGCCCUGUGUGGAGGGAACUGAAUAAUCCUGACCUGGUCCUCCUCCCAACCUGAUCCCCGCAUCCCUAAAUUCUCACAACCCCAGCUCUCGGCUGCCACCUUUCUCCUAGACAGGACUUUGCCAAGUGUCUGAAGAAUCUUCUCCUGGGAGAGGAUCUAAAAUAUUUUUCAAGUCCAUAGUUGUAGGAAGUAGGCUGUGAGAGGAGGGAAAGAUUCAUAGAAGCUGUGCUGUCAGCCUGCCAUAGGGGAAUGACUUAGAACUGUUGAAGGUCUUUCCUACAGUUAACACCCCAGCUACUGGCUCCUCCAGUCUGAUCCCAAGUUUAAAGAUAAUUGACAUCAGGGAAUUCCCUGAUGGUCCAGUGGUUAAGAUUAGUGUGCUCCCACCAUAGGGAGCACAGGUUUCAUCCAAGUUUGGGAAACUAAGAUCCUGCAUGCCAGUGUGGCACAGCCAAUAAAUAAAUAAAUGAAGUACAAAGAUUCUUGGCAUCAGUCCCCCACGUUACCUCCCUAGGAGAACCUAGUGGCCCCUGCUCCCUACCUUCCUUGUCUGUCUUGUCAUCUAGUUGGCCUGAAAUCCACUAGUUCCUAAAGUGAUGAAGGGUUAGGGAAUCCUAGGGGACCUCCUUUCAAUUUAGGGACUUGCCCCAGCACCAGGGAGGGCACCAAGAAUUAAGCUAAAGAGAGAGCUCAGUUUGUGAGUGGGGGCAGAGCUGGCUUUCAGCCUGGGCCGACCCUGCCAUAGCAGGCUAUAGCUGGCCCUGUCUUUGGAGAAGCCAGAGGGGAGAGAUGGGUACAUAUCUGGAAGACUUGGUUUCUUCCUUCCAAGCCCUCUGGACUGACUGGUCUGGAAAAGACUACACGGUGUGUGACAGACGACAGCUGAUGAAGAUUUGUGACAAGAUGAUGGUGCCUUAGUGGCUGCACCAAGCUCUGGGGCACAAGUCCAGACUGGAGGAUGGGUAAAAGACUGUAAGGCUUCUGGUAUUAGAAAUUCCAAGAUGAGUGACCUCUGGGUUGUGGCCACCCUCAAGAAUGGACGCAGGCUUUUGAGGCAUUUCCUCACAAUGUCUGCAUCAAGAACCCUGACCAAAGUGGAGCACCCUGUCCAACCCUGGACCUAAACCUCAGAAUCCUCAGGAUACUCAGACUUCCUGAAUAUCCACAAAACAGACUCCAGGGAAGGACCUCUGAGCCUUAACCUGGACAGGAGCAUGAGGAGAAACUCGAGUUGUUCAGCCUGGGAGGGAAUUAGUCCCUAUUCUGGGAGCUGAUGGUCCCUUCUGAUUGGUGCAGCAGGAAGAUGCCCAGGGAAGUGUGAGUCCCUGUCCCAAGAGUAGGCCUGCCCCACAUGGUCACAGAGCACAAGGUUGCAGAAGGCAUCCCUGAAACAACCAGAUAAGGGCUGGAUUAUUGGGUUAUGACUCAGUUUACAUUUCACAUAGAGAGCAUUUCAGUCUGGAGGGUUGAAAUCUCCAGACUGAGAGUGGGAAAUUCUUCAAGGUGCCAAGGGCACUAAACUUAGCAGCUUGCCCCCACCCUUUGCUGGCCCCAGCUUCCUGGAAAGGACAAGAGGAGGAAGAAGAGGUAUAGUUUUGCAUUGGGGUGGAGGGAUUAAGGGAAAGAGGAGGUAAGGGCUGGAUACAGGCUUAAAAGAGAAGGGACAGGAAGGAGAUGGGAGCUUGGGGUUUUAGCAAGAGUAUGGGGUGCAGAGGGUGUAAGGGUUGGUUGUGUUGGGGUUGGGGGGCGUCUUCCAGGCCAACAAUAGAGAGAAACAGGAAUUUGAAUAGAAUAAAGGAGAGAUAAUUGAGCUCUGGAAUCUGAUGUCUCAAAAAGUCAAGGACUGGAAGCCCCAGGCCCCUGCUGGUAGGAGGCUGGCAUUUCUGGAACAGGACUUGGCAAAAACAGGAAGGUAAGAUUUCUUGGGUCUUUUAUCUGUUUGACAGCAGCAACCUGGCACCUAAGAACUUUGAUCUUCCCUCAUGUGCGUUCUUAUCUACCUCAUCCUUCCUCUGUCUCAUCUUCCUGGAAAAGCAACCCCCACCUCAGUUAUCCCCAAGGCACUGCAUUACCACCCAAAAGGGACUUCUCCCAGCUUCUCACUCUGAAUGUGACUGGCCCAGGAGAGACGACGACUCAGCUAAAAGGUCUGCUUUUGGGACUCAUUCCCAUCGAUGUCUGCUGAUAAGACAAGCAGGCUAAGACAGGAAACAGGGAGGGGAAAACGAAAGCAAGCUGGUGCCAGCCUGCCCUGUGCUCCUACCCUACCAACAGUGCCCCCAUCAGAAUUUGGGUGUGCUAGUGUGAUUGUGUGGUGGGAUGACUGUGAAAAAACAACUGUGUGGGAGUGGGACUUUGAGUAUAACUGGGGCUAUAUGAUUCUGUCUGGGGUUGUCUGACCAUGUGAGGUUGAUCCAGUGACAGGUGUGACUGUGAAUGUGUAACUACAGGUAUGAGUGUGAAUGUCCUCAUUGGAUACCACUGUGGAUCCUCUGCCCCCUUUACUGUACCAUCAGCCCCCACGUGCAUAACCCAUCUCCCCAGCUUCUCUGCCCAGGACUUAGGAGUCCAUGGAAAACGGCAGUCCUAAAAAAGGAGGAGUCUAUGGUAAUUAGAGCCCAGGAAUGUCACAAGAUGAGCAAUACAUCUUCACCUGCGGCUGACUCACCUGGUGCCCCAGUUAUAAAAGGCACCCAGAUAAAAGGUAGGGAAGGAGGAGGAGAGAGAAGGAAGUAUCCAGGCUGAGCAUCAUGAAGGGGCCCUCACCCACCAGCAGCCUCCUGCUGCUCCUGUUGUUCCUGAGCCCAGACCCUGGAGGAGGCUUCACCUGUCUCAACGCAGGGUCUGCAUCCACCCCCAGAACCGCAGCCUGAUUCGGUGGUUUGAACGCCAAGGGAAGAUGCUCCAGGGAACUCAGCCCAACCAGAGUUUGGAGCUCAAAGGGAAAAUGGGCUGGGGCCCCCAGAAGCCAAAGUAAUAAAGCAGUGAUGCAUAAUA